AAGGGUGAGGAGGGGGAAGAGAACGCAUCAUCGUUUAGGUAUAAAAAGUGCCUCUUUCUGCUGCUCAGAUCAAUUCGUCCAACAUCUCUCUACUCCCUGCUUUCUACUCGAGCGCUCAUAUCCACCACGCCCUUCGUAUCAGCAUCACAAACAUUCCAACUUUCUCAUCUAAUACACCUCUCGCUACAAUGAACGACAGUCAGCUCCAGAGAAAGACACUCUGGGAUAAGCGAUUUUUGGCUAUCAGCGUCGGAACAGGCGCAGCUGGAUUAGCUGCCACUGUACUAGCUGGAUUGGCAGCGACAGCCCCGUUGCUUCCUUCAAUUAUUGGUGUAAACGUAUCCUCUGCAGCUAUCGGAGGGCUCACAGGCAGGGUGGUACACAACAUCGCCAAUGCAGACGACAUUCUCUAUAUACCGACACGACCCGCCGAUGCUCAGCAAACAUACCGAAAAGUCAUAUUGGAGACCAUAGGCAAAGAUCUGGAGACGUACGUCACCUCGAUCCGUGAGAACAGACCUCAGUCUGGGGGUGAUACUUUCGAACUCGACUCCAACUGCAACGCUGCUUUCAAGAUUUUUGAGGUGGCAGGAGGAGAGAAGCUCAAAUUUGUUCUGAGGUACAAGAUCUCCGUCUCGCCAAGAGCUGAUACCAGUGUCAGGAAGCCCGAGGAAGGAGUAGAGGCUCCCCCAUUGCCAACCUACGUCAACACUGCGAUGGAGUCAUACUAUCUCCCGCGGACCAAACAUUCUUGGUACAACGGAUGCGUACGUAGUACCGCCUUGGGUUCGCUGGGUGGUCUCGUUGGAGCUGGUGUAGAAGGCUUCUUUCCCGCCAUUCGGGGUAUGCACUUUUUCCACUGGGUACCCAACUACAACGCAGGCAUCCUUAUUGGAGUUCCGACUGCUUCAGCAGCCGGAGGUGCUACACUGCAACAGUUUCAUGAAGCGGAAGUCGAGAAGACGACUUUGGAGAUGGCAAAACUUUACAAAGAACUAGGAGAGCACUUUUUCCGCCUGCUCGAAUGUGCCCGUCGCAACGACGUAAUCCUCACGGUUAAUGCAAGAUGUGGAUACCGUCAAGCAGUGAACGUAAACGUUUCUACUUUGGACCUCAACAGCGACAUUCACUCAGGAUUCGAGAUCAACAAGUCCAUCAAUGUGCCCACCGCGGCUACCUAAAGAGGUGACUGUCAGCCGAUACGACCUGCUACUAUAC